AUGCAGUUUCUCGCGUUUGUUGCAAUUGUUACUUUUGCUCACUUUGUUUUUUCUAGACCUGAUUUGGCGACUGUAAUAAAAAAUGCCUGUAAGCCUGAAAAUGACGAUUUUUUGGCGGCAAAAGCAGCAGGUGCUGCAAGGAAGGAUCGGCACUUAUUUCUAUCAUCUAUAGGAGCAUACCGGGCUUGUGUACACGCAAUGAGAAUGAUAAUGCUUAAAACAAUUCAAGCUAGACAGUCAAAUCAGGCAAAACUCUAUGACAUUCCUCUUGAAGUUCUCAUAAAUAGAAACUGCUUUACAAAAAGGACUGAAAAAACAUUUUUGGACUGUUUGAGCUACGUCGGCGAAUAAAGAGACAUCUUGUCUCACAAGCUGCAUUAAGGCUUUAUCAAAUAAAAUGACAACAAGAUUCUCAAUGUCUCAUUUUCUCACAAUAUUUUUUAAUAAUUAUUAAAUGUUAAAUGUCGCGGUGUAUAGUUAGUU